AUUUUUCUACUGCAAUGUGAACCGCAUAAUCAGCCAUAGUUUGAAUUUCUUAAGGAAUACACCGGUUGUAUAAGUUAAACAAUGGAUGGAAUUUCCAAGUUCAACGAGUUUUUAGCAAUUCAUAAACCCCAGCUUGUUUUAUCCGGUGUCCCAGAACAUUUUUGGCACACAAUCAGUAAAAAACUUCAAGAUCAAAUUUUCGAUUCCGGUUUAUCGUUCCAAUUAGUGCAAAUAGACUAUGAGGACGUCGAGAGGAAGCCGUAUGAUCCUUUAUGGAGUGUCAUAGCUAUACGAGACAUCGAUCGCAACGAUCCAACUCACGUAUACCUCAUUGAUCAUGCCUGGACUUUUAAGGUUAGUCAUAUAAAAAGUAAUCUAAGAAAUGUUCCAAGUUUGUUGGACAGAAUGUGUAAUUUGAUGCAAAUAUCAUGCGACACCAUAGAUGAACAAAUUGAGGAAGUAUCAAAAAACGUUUGGAAAUUUGCAAAUACUUAUUCAAUUGCUGGGAAUGAGUUUUCAAUUGAAGAUAGAGUCCCUGUUUGGUACAUUAUGGAUGAGCUGGGUUCAGGUAUUACACAUUCAGAUAAUCCCAACUUCCGUACUGUUCCAUUUAUACAUGUUCCUGAUCAAGUCACAUACACACUUCUAUUUCCCACAAAAGAUAUUGAAGAAGGUGAAACAGUCACAAGAAAUUUUGUUGAAGGCAACUUUCAAGACCCCAUGCAAAGGGAAGCAAUGCUGAUUCCAUGGAAACAUUAUGAACACUUUGAUGAUAUCUUUACUCAAGAUGAACCAAACCGAAAGUAUUUCUUAGAAGGGCACCUCAUUGAGACUCUUCCUGAUCUUGAUUUACUUGAACAGACACAAAUUUCAAUGAGAACUUUAAAAGUCUACUCGGAGUAUGAUAUUAUAAAUGAACAUCUCACAUCUAGUACUUUUGAGAUUGUUCAUAAUGAAGUUGAGGCAGAUAUAUUGUGGUACACUAGUCAUUUUAAAACAUUUAAGGAAUUAAGUAUUGAUACUCCGCAUAAGUUUGUCAAUCAAUUCCCAUUUGAAUAUGUUAUAACGAUUAAGGAUUUACUAGCUAUAGUUGCCAGGAGGUUUGCACAUAAAACUAUUGAUCUCUCUGAAUUAGAAACAACUCCUCUAUGGCUGCCAACUACUUUUAAUAUGAAAACUGAACUUCCCAAACUUGUUGCAUAUUAUAUGCAAAGGAAGAGAUUGGGUUUGAACAAUCAUUGGAUUUGUAAGCCCUAUAACUUAGCUAGGGGCCUGGAUACUUAUAUUACUGACAAUCUAGAUUUCUUAUGUCGUCUUCCUUUGACAGGCCCAAAAAUAGCUCAAAAAUAUAUUGAUAAUCCUGUCCUAUUUCAAAGACCUGAUAUAGGAUUAGUCAAGUUUGAUGUGCGGUAUGUUAUUCUUUUAAAAUCUGUAGAUCCAACACAGGUAUAUGUGUACAAUAACUUUUUCUUAAGAUUUGCAAAUAAAGAAUAUGAUUUGAGUAAUUUUGAAGAUUAUGAAAAACAUUUCACUGUUAUGAACUACACAGAAGGAGCACCUCUGUAUAAACUGCUGUGUGAAGAUUUUAUUAAGGCAUGGAGCAAUCAAUACCCUGAUUACAAAUGGAAGGAUGUAGAAAAAUCUAUAUUCAAUAUGAUUAAAGAGCUGUUUAUGGCAGCAACGUCUAAACCACCUCCAUUUGGAAUUGGAAAGAGUCCACAAUCAAGAGCACUUUAUGCAGCUGAUAUUAUGCUCUCUUGGCAUGAGUGUAAUGGGCGAAAACUUAUUCAGCCUAAGUUACUUGAAGUGAAUUGGAUGCCAGACUGUAAGCGUGCUUGUGAAUACUAUCCUGAUUUUUAUAAUGAUAUCUUCUCAUUAUUGUUUUUGGAUGCAAAUGUUGAUACAUGCACACAAAUUUAAAAAUUCAGUAUUCUGUGAUAUUCUAUAAUG